AUGAGAGUUUCUUUUUUGUUAGAAGCAUUUAUUGAUCCGUCUGGAAGUUCAAGGCCGCCGUUUCUCGACCCCGAACUUCACACCUACUUCAGAGAAUUGGGCCGUAAAUACGGGCCCAUAGUAAAGCUUCAACUCGGUAGAAAGGUGGGUAUAGUCGUCAAUUCACCCUCCGUGGCACGUGAGAUUUUGAAGGACCACGAUGUCACGUUCGCCAAUCGUGACGUUCCUCAGGCUGGGAGAGUCGCCUCGUACGGCAGUUCCGACAUUGUUUGGACCCCGUACGGAGCCGUGUGGCGCAUGUUGAGAAAAGUUUGCGUGCUCAAGAUGCUCAGCAACGCCGCUUUGGAGUCCGUAUACGAGCUCCGCCGUAGAGAGGUCAGAAACACCGUCGCUAAACUGUACCGGCGAGGCGGGUCGGCGGUGAAUGUGGGAGAGCAGAAGGGGGACCAGAGGGAUAGCCUUGCAGCUGAGUUCAGAGAGACAGUUUCCGACAUGACUGAGCUACAGGGAAGGCCUAUUGUUUCUGACUUUUUUCCAAGCUUGGCUCGUUUCGAUCUCCAGGGCAUUGAAAAGCAGAUGCACAAGCUUGCUCACAAAUUCGAUACCAUUUUCGAGAAUAUGAUCAAUCAACGAUUGAAAAUUGGCGGUGGGGAAGACGGCGAGAGUGCCAAGAAUAAAGAUUUUUUGCAGGUCUUGCUUGAGGUGAAAGAUGUUGGCGACUCCAAAACUCCUUUCACCGUCACCUGCUCACUCUGGCAAUUCGGACAACCAUCGUCCAAAGUCGCCGGAGGAGAUGUGACAACGAUAAGGAGCGGAAGUGAGGGGAGAAUAACGCUCCAGUACCUAUUAUUCACGAAGGGUAACUACACAACAUUGUUGAUAAAGAUGCGUGUUAACUUACAGACACAAGGUGUGUGGGACGCCAUUGAGCAUGAUAACGACGUCGAGCAGCGUAGGGACAGGACGACUCUUGUUGCCUUCUACCAAGCAGUCUCGGAGGACAUCAUUCUCAUGUUGGCAGAAAAGGACUCUACAAAGGCAGCAUGA